AUGAGUGUUAGUCAUCAAUCAAUGAAAGAAUAUUCAACAGCACCUGAUUAUUAUAAAAAAGCAUUAGCAAUUCAAAAUAAAAGUCUUCCAUCAACACAUCCUAAUAUUGCUACGACAUAUAAUAGUAUGGCAACUGUACUUGUAAAUCUUGAAGAUUAUGAAAAUGCUUUAAAAUAUGAACAACGUGCAGUUGAUAUUGCAAAUCAAACUGUUGCACCUAAUCAUCCUCAUUUAGUAACUUUUAACGAUUAUUACGAACGAAUAAAUAUAAAAGUUCAAUCAAUGAAAAAUAAAUAA